UGGAGGAAGUGGAACUGUAAGGUUGUGUGCUGCGGUGUUCAUCUCUGAGAAUUGUGAUACCCACUAGAGUUUCUUCGCUGCAUAUAGUACGAACAUAUAAAGUAGUUGUGUAUUGAUAAUCCGGGACAUAUACUCUAUCAGAAGUUCAAAACCUACGACGUUUUUCUUAGGAAAACAAAAAUAUAGUAUAAAGAAAGUGCCCGUGUUUCUUGCCCUCGCCUCGACCCCGCCGCCCUCUUCCUGUCCACGUCCCCGUCCGCCCCCUGGCCUGGCGGCACAUCAAGUCGUUAGGCUGUCAAGAGGCUAGGGAAAGAAAGAUAAUGUUACUGGGGUAAAGAUCAUCUCAGCAUGGUAUGGUGCAGGAGCGGCUGGGCGUUGGCGUGGGUGUCCUUAUCGGCGGUGGCAUGGGUCGCCUCGCCCCAGGAGACGGCUGCGGAAAGGCCCGCGGUAACCUGGACCGGCACCAGGCACCAAGGACGCCGCCACGAUUCCCCAGUCCGGCCGGCCACUUCCACCAGGAGGUCCUGGUGGGGGGAAACCGCCCCUUCCGACCGCACUCUGGCGGAGCGGACAUCUUGGGACAGAGUGUCUGCCCGUGAGUAUAGUGGGCACGUUACGCCAGUAUCAAGGAGGCGCGAGGAAGAUAGCGCUCGGCACCACGCACGACAGAGUGCGCGCCAAGCCGCCUAUCGUCAGCAGGAAACAUCGAGUGACGUACACCAACGCGCACGAGACUCCCAUGGGUCACAGGCGGCACAAGCCAGGGCGCCGCACACACCAGCUGCCUCAGAGGAGAGCACAGCACGGUCCUCUGGCCCGCAGAACCGCCACGGUAUAAGCGGGUACCAGCACAGCGCCUCCGGACGUCCCAGAGAAAACCAGAGCGUGCCUCCGCGCACGCACUCCAGCUCUCGGUGGCAGCCGUACCAGAAGGCAUCGCAAACGCCAUUUGGAAACGAGAACUCGUGGCGCAGGAUCCACACGGCCCACCGGCCGCCGCGCCUUCCGCGACGGGACAAGAGGCCGAACAUCGUCCUCAUUCUCACCGACGACCAGGACGUCGAACUAGGUUCCCUCAACUAUAUGCCUCAACUCAUGAACCUCAUGAAGGACGGAGGCGCCUACUUCCCGCAGGCCUACACCACCACGCCCAUGUGUUGUCCGUCUCGUUCGUCCAUCCUCACCGGAAUGUACAUCCAUAACCACGAGGUGUACACCAAUAACGAGAACUGCUCCUCGACCAUGUGGCAGCAGACGCACGAACGCCGCUCCUUCGCCACCUACCUCAACGACGCCGGCUACAGGACGGGUUACUUCGGGAAGUACCUGAACAAGUACAACGGGUCACAUGUGCCGGUCGGGUGGCGCGAGUGGGCGGGGCUGCUCAUGAACUCCCGCUACUACAACUACACCGUCAACAGGAACAACCACUGGGUCAAGUACGGUGACCAGUACCCAAGGGAUUACUACCCGCACGUGAUCACCAACGACGGGCUGCACUUCCUGAAGACGAGCAAGCGCCUGGACCCGUCGCCGCCCGUCAUGAUGGUGCUGAGCUACCCUGCGCCGCACGGGCCCGAGGACUCCGCGCCCGAGCACGCCCACCGCUACUUCAACGCCUCCGACCACCACACCGUGGCGUACAACUACGCCCCGAACCCGGACAAACAGUGGAUCCUGCAGUACACGUCGAGGAUGCACGACAUCCAGCUCAAGUUCACAGACCUCCUCAUGACCAAGCGCCUGCAGACGCUGCAGACUGUCGACGAGGCCGUACAUAGGAUAAUCCGCGCCCUGGAUUCCCUCGGGGAAUUAGACAACACCUACGUCUUCUACACCAGCGACCACGGUUACCACUUGGGCCAGUUUGGCCUCGUCAAGGGGAAGUCAAUGCCCUUCGAGUUUGACAUCAAAGUCCCCUUUUUGGUUCGCGGCCCCGGCAUCAAGGCCGGAGUUCAGAUAAAUAAAAUUGCCCUGAACGUUGAUCUGGCCCCGACGUUCCUGGACAUUGCCGGCAUCAAGCCUCCGCCACACAUGGACGGGCGCUCGCUGCUGCCGCUGCUGAAGAGCGACCAGCCGGACUACGUCACCUGGAGGGACAGCUUCCUGGUGGAGAGCUCUGGUCGCCACCGGGAGGAGGACGCUUUGGAACUGAGGCAGAUUCGGCGGAUGCAGAGGGCGAAGGGGCUGGCGGCCUCGGCUGGCACUGAAGGGGGCCUCUAUACAUCCAAGCAUGAGAAGCUGGAGAUCGUGUGCGAGAGUGACGAAUACCGAGCCCCCUGCGGACCUCUGCAAAAGUGGGAGUGUGUUCGUGAGGGAUACAGGUGGAGACUGCAGAAGUGCCGCAACAGAAACAAGUGGCGGAAGCGCAACUGCGUCUGUGAACCUGACUUGGGAAUGGGAUACCUGGUCAAGCUGGACUCGGAGGAACGCCGAAAACAGAGGCUCUUCCUCAAGAAACAUGUAACCCAAGACCUGAAGAAAUACGAGCCAAAGUUCAUCAAAGCAUUCAGCGAUGUUGAUAGCAGUGAAGUUGCGGAACAGAGUCUUGGUAGACGAAUACAGCGCAACUCCCGUUGGUCUGCUCAGCGGAAUCGCAGGCGCAGAUUCAGAAGGGAUACUGACGAUCAAUCAGUAGAGGAGGAUACUGAAUAUAGCGAUGGAGAUCCUACCAAGGACAAUGAAAAAGAUGAAGUUGAUGUGUUUGUCAGUGAAGAAGAAAUGAGAGCCAUCGAUGAUCAGAUUCACCAUCUCUCAGAUGAACUCGAAUCGUUAGAAAGUGUGAGCAGUACAACAUCCACAUCUGUUGCUGUUGGAAAUGAAUCUCUCUCUACAAUACCAUUGCCAGGAGAGAAGACUGUGAAGCUUCGCCAUGGAUGCAGAGCAACUGGAACCUCAGUGGACUGCACUGAUGAAGUCUACCGUGAUCCACAUGCUUGGAAGAUGAGCAAGGAAGCCAUUGAUGAUAAGAUUCGAAGAUUAAGGCAUCAGCUGUUUAUGAUGAAGGGUAUAAGGAAACAUUUGCGAGAGAGCCGCCCAGACUCGGUUCUAAUUCCGGAGGAUUAUGAAUAUGAUGAGGAAGAGGGCACUGUUGGAGAUUAUGAUGUGUUAGAUGUGAACAGCAUUCUAGGCUUAGACGGUGAACUAGACAUACCUGAUGAUAUGCUUCCUGAAAAUGAAAAUACUGAAGAAGAGGAUAACGUUAUAGAGAAUGAAACGCACACACACAGCUACAUGGAAGACACUGUGGAAGAGACCACUAUGAUGGUUGGUGAAGAGGAUGCUAAUACAGAGGAGGAAGAAAAUGAUGAUUACCAGUAUGUUACAACAGAGAGCAGUAAUUUUGAGGAUGAAGAAGUUUAUCAAGAAGUUGUUGGUGAAAAUAAGACUGCUCCUGUUGCAGGCACAGAAAGCACGCUAGUGGACGAAUAUGAUGAGAUUAUUAUAGGAGUUGACUAUAAUGAUUAUAGUCCACGUGAUUAUAGAAAGAAAAUCAAGAAUCGUUUUCAUGGGAGAAAAAAGCAUAAAGGGAGAAGGGGAAAAUUUGACAUGUUCGAUGGUGCUACAGGAGACAUGCACCCUGAACGGAACAGACCAAAGAGUAAGAAACACAAUCAGAAAGCAGAUGAAAACCAGACCACUUUAGCACAAAAGGGACAAGAAAUGCCUCAUGGUUCCUCAGCUGCAGCAUCACAGUUCCAUUUGUAUCCCGCCAAAGGAUCUCCAGUAAGCGGAUCCCCAUCCACAAUUGACAAUGAAACUGCAUCAAGACCAAUCUGUUGGUGUGAUAGAAGAAUGGCGACCAAAUUAGCAGUGCAGCAGGAAAGAGCAAAGAAGAGAGCAGAGAGGCAACAGCUGAAACUAGAAAGAAUGAAGAAGAGGGAAAAGAAAUUGAAAAGAAAGACAAAGCAUAAUCUAGCAGAAUGUAAUUUUGCUCAGCUCAACUGUUAUACGCAUGAUAAUGAGCACUGGAGGACUCCACCACUAUGGCAUGGUGGAAAGUUUUGUUUCUGCAUGAAUGCAGCCAACAAUACCUACUGGUGUGUGCGUACUAUCAAUAACACACACAACUUCCUAUAUUGUGAAUUCAUCACAGGUCUUGUUACAUAUUAUGACCUUAAUAUUGAUCCAUACCAGCUGAGAAAUGUGGCAUUUACUUUAUCCAAUACUCGCUUAGCUGAGUUGCAUCAUCGCCUUGAGAAACUUCGCACAUGUUCUGGAGCAGAUAGCUGUGAUGAUUUUCCAAGUUCACGUGCAAGUGAUAACAGCUUCGAAGAUCCCCAAAUACUUGAGCAAAGUGAUGACCAUUCUCUUAUAAACAAUGUUGUGGGUCCAGUAAGAAAACUAUCAAAAGCUGAACGCUUACUUCAACGAAAGGAGAGACGCAGGCAACGCAAAUUACAGAAAAAAUUAAGACGCAAAUAUUCAGGAAACCAGUUAUAUGGAGCUAGGAGCAGACAUGUCCUGGAUUCCAUGGGAUCAAGGAAACACAAAGUACGUUUGCCAAGAAAGAGCCGUCUGGGAAAGGAACAAAGAAGGCAGAAAAGAAGAGAGCGGAGGAGAAAGAAGAAAUCAAGAAAAGAAAGACUUUUAUCUAGUGGAUAGUGUCUAAGAAUAUUUCUAUUAAUUUUAUCCAAUAUUAACAUGAUUCAUCACAUAAGGUGAUGGUUUAUUUUAAGUAAAGUAGACUAGUUUAGUAUUUUAUAUUUGUUAUGUAGCUGCAACAUAGACGGUAAGAAAUGACUGCUACAUAUUAUCACUAAAUAGGAUUAUUACACAUUAGGAAGAAAUAGACAGCACUAGAAUUUUGUCUGUGUCUAUUACAGCUAGAUAAGGAAUUAUCAUGUAUCAAGGAAACAUAGAAUAUCUGACUCAAGAAAUACUGAACUGAAAAAUGGAAGUAAAUGCAGAAUUUGGGACAUUUCUUGUUGCAAUGAUUUAAUAUGAUAUUGAUUCACAGAAAUUAGAAAAGUACUUAGGAUUUUUGUGCAUUGAAAAGGCUACCGUGUUUGGCAUCAUACUAUUUGGAGGAAGCCAGGCACAGGAGGUAGCACUGUAGUAGUAUUCAUUAUACUCGUUAGAUGUGUUCAUGUAUUAUAAGUAUAUAGUCAUAGAGGCUUUUAAGUAUAGGAUUACCAUUAUUUAUAUGUGAAUAUUAUUUUUAUGGACUCAGAAGGCUUUUAAUUAGCUGAAUAAUUUAAACAUUCUUUAUUUUCCAUCAUUCUCAGAACUUGAUAAGACAAUACUUUUACCUUAAGUACUCAUAGUUCACAUUACCCACCUGUGCUUUCAUGCCCCAAGCUAAUCCCUGAGAAGUAAAGGGUUUUAAUGCCUAAAGCUGCUUGUAGGCCAGUAGAAAGUUAUGAUAAGAGAUAUACGAAAUCAAAAGUUGUGGAAUAUUGAAAACACAAGUAUAAUGACAUGAAAAAAUACUAAUUUAAAUUGUUAAGUUUAGCAUUUACACUGCACUUAAAGGAAUUAAAAUGUGUAACAACUUCAUUUUGAUAAUGGAAAGAUUAGAUUAGUUACACUGGAACUGAAAAUAUCUACAAAAAAUCACCAUAUGAUCAAAUCAUUCCAUGUUCCUUGUUUCAUAUAUUUUUUUUUUUAAAUCUUAGUAUGAUUGAAUUAUUCCAUGUUCCUUGUUUUGUUACACAGUACAUUAGCAGAUAUUAGCUAAUACAGGUACACAGAAUCAAAGAUACAAACACAGCCUAGGUUAUUAGCGUGACUUUUGUAAUCAUUGUCAUUAGUGUCAUGUCAUUAUUGUUAUUAUUUUUAUUAUAAGUGUGGUUAUUGUUAGUUUUGUUAUAUUACCAUUGUUAGUAUUAAUGUAUUACCCUUAUUAUCUUUUUUGUUAUUAUGAUUCCUCCUUUCAUCAGAGAAUUAAUAUAGAUCAUCAUUUUCUACUGGCUCACAGAUCAGCUGUUCAGUAAUAAUCCUGGUGCUUUUAGCCAUCUGGCACUUUGCAAGUUAUUGUAAAGCUUAUAAUUUUUUUUUCCAAUACUUUAAGUGAAAUGAUUAUAUAUCCCAUUCAUGUACCCAAUCAAACAAAAUUAAAUUAUAAUAAGCUAUUUUUAGCCUUUUGUAUUUAGUAGUUUUUGUUACCAUUCUGUGAUAAACCAUUAAAAUCUCUUCACAUCUUAAUAUUUAUUUGUUUAAUCAUUAUAUGGUUGAAAAUGUAAAGCCUAGUAUACAAGUCCAAUGCUACAAGUUAAAGAUGAUUAUAUGAUAGGUCAUAUUCUUUGCUAUUGUUGCGUAAUACUCAUGAACAUGAAUUUUAUGACAAAAUUGUGUUCUUUCUUUUAAUCACCAACUGCCAAGUUCUUUUUACCCUGACAUAGUUACAUGUGUAGUGCUUUGCUUUUACAAUAUAUGAAACUUGUCUCUUGAAAUAUGAUCCAAAUUUGAAUGAGUUUUACUCAAGAAAAUUUCCGGAUUUCCUGAGAAGAAUGUGACUUUGCCAAUGGAAAAUCAAGUAUUAUAAUUAAUGUUGUAAUUGCUGUCUUAACUAAUGUUGUUCCCAGGUCUGAAAAUAUAAACUAUUUAUACUCCUUGGUAACUUUUGUGUAUAAUAUUAAUAUGAGUAUUAAAACUCAUAAUUUGUCAGAUCUUUCAAAAGAAAUUUGAAAUUUGGCUGCUCCUCUUUGUCAGACCUAUGGAUCAAUCACAUAGUACAAUUAGCGAAGUUUUAAGAAGGUUCUGUAUAUUAGAUAAGAGAAUGUAUGACUGAAAUUUGAGACUGCUUUAAUUAAUUCAAAUAUACUUACAGAAUUAGA